AUGCGUAGCUUCUGGCCUUUACUGGCUAUUGCAACAUUGGCAAUCGCUCAAGGGAAUGACACUGUACCAGUUCAGGACAUCAACGCGAAGUUGAGACCAAAGACGACGUCGCAAACAUCCACUUGGGGAAAAUCUACCGACGAUACUUAUGGUACCCCGUCCUCUGUCGACGAUGGCUAUGGUACCCCGUCAUCUGCCGGCUAUGGUUAUGGUAGCACACCAUCUGUCAGCUAUGGCUAUGAUACAACAUCAUCUAUCAGCUAUGGCUAUGAUACAACAUCAUCUGUCAGCUGGGGUUAUGGUACAUCAUCAUCUAGCAGCGAUGAUUAUGGUUCAUCAUCAUGCACGAAAGAAGUGAUCAGCUUCACGACAACUUGCACCGUUACAUCUAGUUUCACUACGACUUGUACCGUGACUAGCGUGUCGACUUCAACCUCUACCUGCACGGAAUAUAUCACGAUCACUCAGUCCGAUAUUGUAACCAUUACCGAACCAGGGAAGAACAUGACUGUGCCCGGGCCAACAACGACGACGACUGUAGAAGCUACAAUUUCAUCGCCACCCCAGACAAUAACAGUAAACAACACGAUCACGGAGCGCACAACUUCUACUUGCACAGUCACCGUAAUAUCUCUAGUUCCUACUACUGCCAUCAGCUUUGUUCCUACGACCGCGAUCAGCCUAGUACCAACCACAAAGAUCGAAACCAGUCUGGUGCCGACCACAGAAAUUGUAACGAGCGUCUCUACCUCGACAACAACAAGUGUGAUUACCUCGACCACAACCUUUACAGAAUACAUUACGAUCUCGCUUCCCGGCACGACCAGCAUCUCCACCACGACAUUUAUCUCAACGAUCUUGGAGACAACGACUUACACGACCCUUGUGCCUGUCACUCAGACUGUAAUAGGCCCUACUCAGACGAUUGAGAAAACGCUGCCAGGCUCAACGGUCACCUUGGAGCGAACGGCGACAGCGACGCUAGAACGUACUUCGGUUGAGACUCUGGAGAAGACGGCUACAUUAGAACGAACCACUACGUUAGAGAAGACGGCUACACUAGAUCGGACUUUGACACGUGAUAUUACGGAGACCUUGGAAAGGACGCUUACAUUUGCCACUACCGAAGUCUUGACCUACAACCAGACAAUCACAGAGAUAUCGGUAUCUAUCAGUACGCAAUUAUCGACUAUUACUAUCCCGGCCUCGACGGUUGUCACUACAACUACUGCGCCGGGCCCCACGCAAGUCGUCACGACACAGCUCCCACCUCAGACUGUGGUGCAAACUAUUACUUCUACAUCGACGCUCCCUGCGGUGACUGUCACGACUGUUAGCACGCAACCAGGAAGCACUAUUGUAAAUACCAUAACGCUUCCGCCUGUAACGGUCACUAGCGUGAGCAUAUCUCCACCAGUCACCAGUGUGAUUACUUUGACGAUCACCACACAACUACCAGCCAGUACAGUCUUGUCCACCAUCACUAUUCCAGCCGUAACGCAAACCAUCACAUCUCAAUUGCCUGCGUCUACAGUACUUUCGACCAUCACUCUUCCCGGCUUCACUUCAACAUUUACAACGCAGUUGCCCGCAAGUACAGCAACGAGCUUGAUCCUAUCCACUGUCACGUUGCCAGGUCAAAUUGUAGUCACCACGCUUCCAGGAUCGACUUCUGUGAUCACGUCCCAGCUGCCAGCUUCCACGUUUGUAUCGACUAUCUUAAUCACUCAAUCACUGACCGUCACUCAAAUCGUCCCAAUAAUGACGACUGUAUAUGAGACAGAUUAUUAUCCGGCGUCGAGUUCGAUUGAGCCCUUCUAUCCGCCACCAAGCUCAUCUGCUGUUCCGUCCGUCUCUUGCGACAGCGGAUGCCAGAUUGACGUAACAGCGACAAGACUGGCAUACCCUGGCACUGUUGUCGUCUCAACUGUGCUUGUCCCGACAGUCACGCUAGAGAUUACCACUGACGCCUCUGGAAACGUCCGCAGUACCGGCCUCUACACUCGGCCGCUACCAACGACAACGAGCUCUGCUAUUACUUGGGAGUUUUCGGGAGUGCCGCUAACUUAUCCUACCGUCUAUGCAGCCUACGCGACAUUCAACCGUGUAUCUAUAUUUGCUGCCGACAAUGUAUGCCAAACUUCGGUACUCUCACUGGCGUUGCCAACUCCAACGGACUGGCCGCCACUGAUCAUCGUGGAGUCUCUGAUACCGACGCCUACUUUGGUGGCCCCAAGAGUAGUCAGCUACUUGAACACGCUCCCCACGGUAACGGCUCAACUUGGCGGACCAAUUGGUGCUAACGCUUGCGAUCCCAUCGUCGGACCGCCCAACGAGGAAGCAACUACUACGCUGGGUAUGACGACCUCCGUUAGCAGCGUAGCAGAUCUUGGUCGUACCGCAACAAGCUUUGUAGCGCAACUCGAUUCCCUGCCGUCCGAGCCUGCUGCGCCAUUGCCGCCAUUGCCGCCAUCGGCAACACUACAGCCACCUGCAUCGAGCGCUGCACCCUCUCGGCCGCCACCACCACCACCUAGUGAGACCCCCCUUCCUCCACCUCCCAGUGCAUCUCCACAGCCUAGCAGUGAAAUUCCGCUACAAUCUAGUGCCGUUGUCCCCUCAUCCGUGGCGCCACCUCCUCCGCCAUCCCCCAGUAGUGCGCUCCCAGAAAGCAGUCGUGCUGACUCCGCUUCUCAAGUUCCAUCGGCUCCUGCUUCCUCUCUGGCCCCUCCGGAGUCUUCUGCAGCUCCGGUGCCCCCGCCAUCUGAAGUGCCAUCGUCUAUUGUGCCAUCUUCUGCCGCGCCACCGCCUCCAGUCACCCCUAGCCGCUCUACCACUUCUUCGAGGACAAGCUUGGAUGGAACCGCGUCUGGACCAGCAGCAAGCUCCAGCUUCUCGUUCUUUACUGGUGCCGCUGCACUGCCCACGGGCAAUGUUGUGGGCUGGUUGGUCGGAGCUGCUGGUGUUGGCUUAGGCCUUAUCUAG